AUGGCAGACAAAUGUACCAGAAAGAAAAUAGUGUCAGUCUUCGAAAACUUUCCUGAAGAAAUCAUACAAGGAAUCUUCGUGAAGUUGCCAAUCAAAUCUUUAGUCCAAUGCACCGCAGUGUGCAAAUCAUGGAGAUCUCUAAUCAUAAGCUCUACCUUCAUUGAUGCCCAUCUCAGGCGCAUAGUCCAAUCCAACAAUCAGACCAACGUUUAUGGCCUCUUUCUACUAACAGCAUGUACAUCUGAGAAGCUUCUUUUCUCGUUGCAUUUGGACAACCCUGCAUUCGAUGAGUACACCAAGCUCACAAGUCCACUCAUUCCUUUGUUCAAAAAGAAACUAAGAAAGUACUCAGAAAAGGAGAGCGAUUUCUAUGUUGCUGGAACUUGUAAUGGCCUGGUGUGCCUUGCUUCUAAAUAUACCACAAUAAUUUGGAAUCCUUGCAUCAGAAAGUAUAUGGUUUUGCCUAGGCCAAUUACUCUUGGCUUCGAAUCUGACUGGGCAAGGUGCGACUUUGGCUAUGAUUCACACACCAAUGACUAUAAGGUUUUGAGAAGUGUGAACAACUUUUAUGGCAAGCGAACUGCAUGCGAGGUUUGGUCGUUAGCUAGAGGUUCUUGGAAGAUUAUCAGUGCUGGUGUUGUUCCAGCGUACUUUAGACCUCUUGAUUAUUCGGAUAGAGGAUAUGAUGUUUCCUUAUCAAACAAACAUGCUUUUGUCAAUGGAGCUUUACAUUGGAUUCCAAGCCCCAAAGGGUAUCCCGAUGAAGUCAGAUAUAUUGUUUCUUUUGAUCUGUUCAGUGAGCGAUUUGCCAAGAUAAUGAUACCAACGGCCUCUGAAAUAGCACAUGUUUCUAUUUUAAGAUACAGGGAGUCUCUUGCCUUGUUGGUUCAGAGUUCGGAGAAAUUGCUCCACUUGUGGGUGAUGAAAGAGUAUAGUGUGGUGGAAUCCUGGACUAAAUUAUCAACUUUACCCUUGCAAGAACGUAUCUGGUAUCCACUUGGUUUUCGGAAAAGUGGUGAAGUAUUGCUCAACAUGUACCCUUUUGGGGUGCAAUUAGUAGACCCUAACACCGGACAAAUUACAAGUGAGCUAAAUCAACGACGGAUGUACAAUUUCAUGGAUUCUUUUGUGCAGAGCCUUCUCUUGUUUGACCAACCCAAUGCAAUAUGUUACUAA